UAUGUAAAACUUACAACACUGAUACGUCUUUUCAGUCAGUUUGACACAUGUGAAAAAAUGCUGACAAAAUUCGAAGAAACAUGGAAACAGUUUCUAGAAUCCAUUGAAGAUAAUCUCAACAAUUUUAUCAGCUUAAAGUAUGUCGGAAUUUUACUUCGACAUCUUGCAGAGAAAGGUCAGCGCAAAAUUAGCCGAUCUUUACCUAGAGGUUGUUCCGAAAGAUCACCCAAUCUAGUUGUAUGCAAAAAUGAAAACAUAUGGUCUCAAACAUUAUCCCUUUACCUCUGUGAUAAAUCACAACCACUACCAUUCCAUGAUGAAAUUUUGACAUGUUCAGAAGACACAUCGAUUGAACAGGUGGACAUUUUUCUGAGACGAGCACUUUUCAACUCAUGUGGGAAGAUCCACACCGUCAUAAACGUAGACAAAAUGAGUUUAACACUUUGUGAAGGAAUUGAACAACUAUUAAUAAAGUAUCAGCGUGAUGUCCAUUCAGAUUACCGACUUGUAUUCAUAUGCGGAUCAGAUAGUGAGAACAGAUCUGCCUUGAUUUCAUCUCUUGACAAGUAUCGUGGAACAGUUUUCCUGAUGGAACAAAUCGAACUUUGUACCUGCCUUCUACAUAAAUUUCAAAAUACAAGUCAGUCAGACACAAUUAGUCCCGCUGCAUCUGUUGAUUUUGAAAAGUAA